AUGAUCAAACUUGUCAAGAAUAACUUGUUACUUUCAAAUAUACUAAUACAAUGUUUUAAUAGACAACAACAACAAAGUAACAAUUAUCGCGUAUUAUUACAAUUAUUUAAUAAAUCUUCAAAAGAUUUAAAUUAUCCACAAUACUUUUCAACAAAUUCAAAAUUAAAUAAUGAAACUAAUUCAAAAUUAGAUAUAUCAACAGCUGAGUAUUUAAAUCAACAAAAAGCAAAAGAGAAAGAGAAUAAUCAACCACGGUCCAAACCAGACAGAAUAAAAAAGAAUGAAAUAGAAAAUAAAAAUGAUAAUAAAUCAGAUUCAAUUAGUAUUUCAGAGCCCCAGGAGUCAAAAUUAGAUAUUUUGACAUCUCAAUUUGAUAAUAAUAUAAUACCAGGACAAGCUAAAAUCAUUCCAGAAGGUUCUAAUCCCGAUGAUUUCCUAACUCAUAUUUUCGAUAAUCUUGAUCCUUAUCUAGAUACAUAUUAUGUAUAUUCCAAAUUAAGAUCUGCUGGAUUUACUGAAGCACAAUCUGAUUCAAUUAUAUGCCUUCUCAUUUAUCAAUUAAAUUCCAAAUUAUCAAAAUUAUCAACUAUAUACUCCCAGAAAAAUGAAUUAGAAUCAGAACAAUAUUUAUUUGAAUCUGCCCAGCAAGAAAUUAGGGUAGAUAUAACUAGAUCUCGAGAGCAACAUGCAAAUGAACUAUUAGCAUUGAUAAAUAUACUAGAAAGAGAUUUUAAAACAAUUUCAGAUGAAUUAAGUAAUGAUUUUUUGGUAUUGAAAAAUGAUUCACAAGUGGUUAUAAAUGAUUCAAAAUCUGAAAAUACACUAAAUUCAAAGAAAAUGUUUUUAAGAAUACAGGAGACUAAUCAUAAGAUAUCAUCAGAGUUGGAUUCUGCCUUAAGGAGUGAAAUUGAAAGUUUAAGGUGGAAUUUAAGUCGUUGGGGGUUGAUUACUUUAUUAGUUGGUGUUUUUGUAAGUGGUGUAAUAUUGAAAUUUAAUUGGAAUAAAGAAGAUAAGAAGAUGGUUAAAGAGUUUGUACCUUUGGUUAUUCGUGAACCUAGUGAAUAUGAAGAUGAUGAUGAUGAUUAUCAUGCAGAUUUAGAUAGAAUAAGUAUUGAUUGA